CCCCUUUUCUCUUCUCCCAAUUGAACUACUCUUUCACCCCUCUUGUUCCUCUCUUUCUUCAAAGAGAGAUUUCUUCUUCUUAGCAGGGGCUGAGAGAACUUGAGUGGUGGUGAAUAGUGUGAGGUGGGCGGAGGGUGGGGAGGUGGGGAAGAGAGGGAGUGGAGGAGGAAGGAGGGGUUAUAGGGGAUGAGGAGUGUGGGGAAGGAGGUGUAGGGGUUUCAUAGGGGAGUUUGAGGGGUUAAUAGGAGGAGGGGAGUAGAGGUGGAGUGAAGUACCAGGAGUGAGUAAUAUUCCAACUAGUAUUAUUCUACAAGUACAAAGAUAUCUCCGAAGUACGUAACUAUCUUCAUAGCUCAUCUUAUGAGCCUCAGAAUAUCAAAUAUUAUUCCUCUGCAUUUGUGUCUUUUCUUUUAAUAAGCCAAAUAGUUCUGCUGGAUUUUGUAUUUCUUGGGUCAUAAGUGACUUCUCCUUAACUGAACUUGCUUGCCAGCAUAUCCUGAUGCAUUAAUCAAUAGAGAUCAUUAACGUUAUUAUUCUUCAACAUAGGAAUUCCAAAUCCCUUUCAAAAAAUACAUCACUCGAGUAGAAGACAUGCCAAAACCCACAACAAAAUCCCUUACUAUCCUUCCCGACCACCUCCUACAGCCCCACAAGUCUUGCCCCACUUCCUCCCUCUCUGUGCGUACUCUUCCUCUACUCCUAGCCCUACAGCCCACUCUUCAGCAGGCUGCUUCCUUCCUUGGCUUAGCGGCCAGGAGAAGUAUUAUUAUUAAGAAUUUAGAGGUUUGUUCUCAAUAA